AUUUCGAUUGGUUGAAAUCGAAACGAGUGGUGCAUCCAUCUUUUCGAUAACCGUUUAUAUACUGUCUGAUAUUUUUAUUACACAAUAAUAGAUAAAAACAAUAGAAACGUACAGAAAUGGCGUUGAGAUCGAUCUGCCGGCUGUCAAUUGAUUUGACUUUCAGCCAUACGUGCCAUUUGCGAGCCACCGCCCGCCCGAGUCGAGCGUUCCCGGUUACGUUUGUGCGAAAUUUUGCUAAAGUUGCGAAGAAAAUGAGUUUGCCAAGAGUUUAUUUCGACGUAGUUGCUGACGAUAAGCCCUUGGGCCGUAUCGUCAUGGAGUUGAGAUCCGACAUAGUUCCUAAAACUGCUGAGAACUUCAGGGCUCUCUGUACAGGAGAGAAAGGUUUUGGUUAUAAAAAUAGCAGCUUCCACAGAGUGAUCCCUAAUUUUAUGUGUCAAGGUGGUGACUUUACUAACCAUAAUGGCACUGGUGGUAAAUCAAUUUAUGGAAAUAGGUUUGAAGAUGAAAAUUUUACUUUGAAACACACGGAAACUGGUACACUUUCUAUGGCGAAUGCUGGACCUGAUUCCAAUGGUAGCCAAUUUUUCAUUACUAGUGGAAAGACCAGUUGGCUUGAUGGCAGGCACGUUGUCUUUGGAAAAGUCAUCGAAGGAAUCGAUGUUGUUAGGAAGAUGGAAGCUGUGGGUUCGCAAAGCGGACAAACAUCUAAAAAGCUUGUGAUACAGGAUUGUGGACAAUUGUAGAUCGUUUGAUUAGCUACUGUAUUGAGACUAGCUACUGUAAUGACUACAUUUUUGUUUAGCUGUUGCAAAUAUUAACGUCUUUAUUAUUAACCUUAAUAAUAUAUAUAUAUAUAUAUUUUUUUUUUUUUCUCUCUAAAUGUCACCCUUAUUUCCAAUUUGCCACAAUGCAUUUAAUCUCCUAUUAAUGAAAAAUAAUACAACUUGCAAGUAAAAGAAAGAAAUUGCAUCCAUUUGAUAACUACAGUCAUUGUAUAUAUAUAUAUACAAUUUGUGGGUGACAAAGUUAGAUGAAUUUGAUGAAAUUUUCAGUAAAUGUGUAGAUUAUACAUAUCCUCUUUGAUUUAUUUUCUGUAUUUAUUUGUACGAACGUGUUUGAUGAUGACGACCUGUAUUUUUGUAAGUGACACAUCUCACAUUAUAAUAAUGUCAAAUCCACAUUCUUCCGUAAAAAAAAAAAAAAAAAAAAAUGUUGAUCUAUAUGCAUGAUGUAUUAUUAAAAGAAAAGUGUUCAUCUCGUACGUUUACAGUAAUUCUUCUAUGCCAUUGAUUUCUUUUUUCAUUUUAACAUUAAAAAUAAUAUUUUUAUUUUUUAUUAGAACAAUUAGUUAAUACUGUAUUUUUUUAACGAUGCAUUAUUAUCUACAGUAUCGAUCAAUAUCAUAUCAGAUUUUCUUUUUAUUGUGCUUUUGCAUUUGAUGAUUAUUUUCUAGAUUUAUUCGUCGUAAUUUUUUUUUUCAUUUUCAGUAUAUUAUAAAUGUCAAUUUUGAUACGUAUCAAAUUAAUCCCUUGUAUAACGUGUGAUGGUGGUGUCGUAUUAUAAUAAUAAUCGAUAUUUACUUGAUUGUUAGAGGACAACUAUAUAAAAGCAGACAUUAAAUUGUGAGUUAUUUGAAAUUUCUUGUAGAGAGCACCAGCGUCGAAAUAAAAAAAGAAACAAAAAAAAAAAUGUAGAUGCAACAGUUUGAAUAGUUCCGAUUUCUGUAAAAUAAAAUUGUUCUCAGAAAUCUA